AUGACGCCAGCCGAUCUACUCCAAAAAUUUAAAAAUCGUGCAGCUCGUAUCAUUACUGGAGCACCAUACAGAACCGUUCACACAUGCGAUGUUUUUUCUGAUUUGGGUUGGUCAACUCUGGCACACAACCGCAAAGUUCAGAAAGCUAUAAUGAUGCACAAAAUUAUGAAUGGAAACUCUCCUUAUUCAUAUUUAUCUGAAAUGUUUGAGAAGCAGUCUGGCUCAACUACUUAUGACUUGAGGUCAUCUGAUUUCAAUGUUCGGAUACCUAAUGUUCGAACUGAAUGCUUUGCAGUUUCUGCGGCUUUUCUUUGGAACUCCUUACCAAAUGAAAUUAAAGAGGAGAAAGGUUUAUCGAAAUUUAAGGCACAAAUUAAGAAACAUAACUUCUGCAUUGACAACUUGUAA